AUGGCCUCACGUGUUGAUCCUAUUCCCAUUCCUCAUCUGAAGGGGUACGUGUUUGGUGAAAAACUUGGUGCUGGUAGUUAUGGAACCGUAUACAAAGCAAAAGCAGCCUCAACGCCAAUUCAGCGACCGUCAUCCGCCACACCUCAACGACCUUCAUCAGCCACGCCUUUCUCGCGUCCCUUACCAUCGACAUAUGCUAUUAAAUGUAUUGAUCGUAAAGGAUUGAAUAAUACAACACGGGAUCUACUUGUCAAUGAAAUUCGAUUAUUAAAACAGAUAAAGCAUGAAAAUAUUGUAGAAAUGUACGAUUUUCAGUACGAUGAAAACUAUAUUUAUAUCGUGAUGGAAUAUUGUGCUGGAGGAGACUUGUCCAUGUUCAUUCGUUCAAAAGACCAAUUACCUGAAAGGCGAGCAAGACCAUUUGUACAACAAAUUGCAAAAGCUAUCAAAUUUUUGUAUGAUAAACACAUUGCUCAUAUGGAUUUGAAACCUGAAAAUGUGUUAUUAACAACAUCAGAGGUGAAUCCAACUCUUAAAAUUGGCGAUUUUGGUGUGGCACAACAUAUUUCUAAGAAUCGCUUGGGAACUACGAUUCGUGGCACGCUUCUUUAUAUGGCACCCGAAAUUCUCUCAUCUACAACUUAUGAUGCGCGUGUAGAUUUAUGGAGCAUUGGUGUCAUUCUCUAUGAGUGUUUAUUUGGUAGACCUCCGUUUGUUUGUCUCACUGUUCAAGAUCUUGUCGAAACGAUUAAAUCAAAUGAGCCUAUAGACAUUCCAGCUGAUGCAAGAAUAACAACAGAUUGUCGUGAUUUAUUAACGAGAUUAUUACAACGUGAUCCUACUAAACGAAUUAGAUUUGAAGCUUUUUUUAGACAUCCAUUUGUUGCUAAUGAUAUUAGUUCUCAGCUUGCUAGAGCAGAUGAACUACUCCAGACAGCAAUAGCAUUUGAACAGGCAGGCAAUUUAAACAAAGCUCUUAAACAUCGUAUAUGUGCACUCGAUGAAUAUGCUUCAUUUUUGAAAAUUGAUCCAAUUCCUGAACGUCGUAGAGCCAUUCGACGAAAGGUGCAAGAAGGAAUUAUUGAAGCAGAAAAUUUGAAACGUCGAAUGCACCCAGCAUUGGCCCUAGAAACAUCAGCCGUACUAAAACCACAAACUGUAUCACCAACCGUUCCAGUAAACGGAAUAAAUUUACUUGAAUUAUCAAAUGAUCCAAAUGUUGAUGCAGCCUACAAACGUUGUCAACAAGGAAAUGUUUUUGCAAACCAACGGAAAUAUCGACAAGCAUGCGAAGAGUAUGAAAGUGGAAUAUCUGGGAUGUUAACUGCGAUGCAAUCGGAAACAAAUUUAACAAAGAAGAAAAUUUUACAUGAUAUGAUAUCAAGUUAUUUGACAAAAGCCGAAAAUUGUAAAAAAUAUGCUGAAUCUGAAACUUUAGACUUACAGAUAAAUAAAAUAAAAGAGGACAAUGCGGAUUUGACAUUGGAUGGAACAAAUGAUGAUCUGGGUGAAAAACAACAGCAGCAACAAGGACAUUGUCUUGUACAGUGA